AUGGAGGCCCCAUCACCAGCGCAAACCCAAACCACCUUCGAGCGCGGGAUCUCCCUCCUCCUCAACCUCUGGCCAGCCCUUACCCUCGCCGUGCAAAACAACUGGGGCGGCCCUGACUCCUCCGACAAACGCGACUGGUUCGCCGGCGCAGUCUCCGAGCUCUUCCCCCCCCUUACUACUUCCACCUCCACCUCCACCUCCCCCUCUGCCCCCUCAGAAGAACCAGACGCCGAAUACAUUGAAGAAUUCCUCCUCAACGUCAUGCUCGACGAGUUCGAAGUCAACGUCGACGACGACUCCGCCUUCGAGGUAGCCGAGAGCAUCAUCAGGAUCAGGAAGGACUGUCUAAAGGGCAAGUUUGACGAGGUGGAGCAGCUGGGGAGACGGUACACCGAAAAGAAGGGGAGUAAAGUGGUUUUUGCAAAGGGGGAGGACCAAGAGGAAGAAGGGGAGUGGGAUACGGAUGAUGAUGAGGAGGAGGAUGGGGAUAUGGAGGAUGCGCCUGCGUUGGUGCAGGCUCCAAGAAGGGAAAAGCAGGAGCCCGAGGUGGAUGAGGAUGGGUUUCAGACUGUCACGAGGAAGAAGAGGUAG